AUGUCAUCGCCGCGGAACUACCGAAGGAGCACGCGCCUAGCCCUAUCCGCUCUGCUCUUAACAUCGGUAACGGCAUCGCUCAACGUACAUGAAGCCCAGAGUGGCGAGGAAGAAAUAUAUUAUCUACCGCGCAGCGCCGUAAUUCACGAUGGCUUUGUCCAUAAGCCGCUUUCAACAUGUCCCGUCAAGCCUGGUGGCGUGCAGAUGUCGUACACAUUUCCAUGGACUCACACUCCCUCAUGUGUGAAUAUCCAGCAACCAGAAGGAGCCCCAAAAACAUUUUGCGCAUACACGAAUGUCAACUACAACAAUGGCCGCGGUAUCAGUUUUGUCACUAGCCCCGAGGUCGCAGCUAGCGUGAGCAUGGAGACGUUUGGCAUGGCGAUUGGUGGCAUGGAGGGGCAAAUUGGGGAGGAGAUGGGUAUGUGGGAAGUCAAAGACGCAGGAAGCAAAGGAAAAGGGUUGUUUGCGAAAAAAGAUAUUGGCGCUAUCUUUCCAGGCGAGAGUCUCGUUGUGCAGACGCCGGUUUUGAUUGUUGACAAGAGCGCGCUGGAGCCCGAGAGCAAAGAGGAGGUGGAGCGUGUGCUGCUGACGGCGGUGGCGCAGUUGCCUUCGAAAUCAAGAAAAAUGGCUGUGGAGCUGAGUGGGAAUGAAGAUGGGUCUUUUGAGGAUAUCGUCAAGACGAAUGGGAUUGGAUUCACGUGGCCUUGGGUUGACGAAAUGCCCAAGCUGCUGAGCGUGACUCCAGAGAUUGCUCGCAUCAAUCAUGCAUGCCGUCCCAACACACUUUGGCGCUUCAACGACUAUACACUUACAUUCGAGGUGUUUGCGCUCAAAGAAAUCAAGCCAGGCGAGGAAAUCACACGGAGCUAUGGUUUUGAAAGGCGAUCCCAUGGACGUCGUGUCCGCUCUCUCGAGGCCAACUUCGGGUUCACCUGCGCGUGCCCUCUCUGCACCGCCUCAGACGAGGAAAUCAUGGCUUCAAAUGAUCGUCUCAGCGAGAUCAAAGCUCUGAAAUCAGUAUUACCCUCGGAUCCAGAUGAAGCGGACAGGACUCUUGAAAUAUUACCUAGCCUGGUCGAGCAGUUAGAGAAAGAAGACCUGAUAGCAGAGCUUCCCUCGUACGAAGAAACCCUGGCGUACACGUAUAGCAUGUUCGGGGAAGAAGCAAAGGCAAAGUAUUGGGCGGGCAGAGCACAGAAGCACUGGGCGGUUGUGGCGGGUAAGGAGAGUUGGGAGCAGAGGCGGUGCGGAGAUAUGGAACAGGAUGUCAAGGGUCACAAGACGUGGAGGACUUGGAAGGGGCUGCAAGAGGAGGAUGAGGAGAUUGAUGAGGAAGAAUGA